UAAAGUGCACUGAUCUACAAAUGCUGUUUCAGCAAGUCCUCUUGGCAACCACCUAUAUCCUUGGGCAGGAGUUGUAACUCUAUAGUUCACCUUGAUGAACAUACUGAGAUAUUCAAGAUGGGCAGCAAUAGUACCAGCACUGCUGUGAGUAAUUGCAAUGCUACUUAUUUGACAUUUCAGUACUCUCUGUAUGCAACCACCUAUAGCUUAAUAUUCAUCCCUGGUCUCCUGGCUAACAGUGCAGCCCUGUGGGUUCUGUGCCGCUUCAUCAGCAAGAAGAGUAAGGCCAUCAUUUUCAUGAUCAACCUCUCAGUGGCGGAUCUUGCUCACGUCCUGUCCUUACCUCUCCGGAUUUACUAUUACAUCAACCGUCACUGGCCAUUCCAAAGGGCCCUUUGCCUGCUCUGCUUCUAUCUGAAAUAUCUCAACAUGUAUGCCAGCAUUUUUUUCUUGACAUGCAUCAGCCUUCAGCGGUGCUUCUUUCUCCUGAAGCCAUUCAGAGCCAGAAACUGGAAGCGUAGGUAUGACGUGGGCAUCAGUGCUGCCAUCUGGGUCAUCAUGGGGACUGCCUGUUUGCCACUUCCUAUCCUGAGAAGUGCUGGCUUAGCCAACAACACUGAAUCCUGCUUUGCUGAUUUAGGGCUUCAUGACAUUAGUAUGGCUUCCUCCAUUGGCAUGGUAACUGCCGCUGAACUUGGAGGGUUUGUAUUGCCUGUUGUAAUUAUUACCUAUUGCACAUGGAAAACAAGAAAAUCUUUACAGGAAUUCCAAGAUCCACCUCAGAAUAUUAAAGAGAGGAAAAAGGCUUUGAGGAUGGUCCUAAUGUGUGCAGUGGUAUUCAUAGUGUGCUUCACUCCUUACCAUCUCAACUUCCCGUUCUUUAUGAUGGUGAAGCAACAUGUCUUCUCGAACUGCUCCUUUAUUAAGAGCACUCUGUGUUUCCACAUCAUUUCCCUGUGUCUUGCAAAUCUGAAUUGUUGCCUUGAUCCAGUUGUGUAUUAUUUUAUGACUUCGGAAUUUCGUGAUCGGUUUUCAGAACAUGGCAGUUUGGUCAUCCAGUCAUGUGUGCGAUGUAAGGAUAGUACUUUGGAAAUUCAUCAGAGGAACGAGAAUCUUCAGACUAUCUCUCUUGAAUGUUUGGAUGUUCCAACACAAUGUGAUGAGAUAAUUCUCUAG